AUGGCCGCUUUGCAAAUCACUGUUGUGCUGCUUCUUUUGUUUUCUUCAACAAGUUCACGUAAUCCAGAAAGGAUCAUAGGGGGUCAGGAAGUUGAACCAUACUCCAUCAAAUAUCAGGCAUCUAUUCAGACUGAGGAUGGAGACCACUACUGUGGAGGCACACUAGUGCACCAACAGUGGGUGGUGUCUGCUGCCCACUGCUGGAGACCGAGUCAUUUGAUCAGGAUUGUGUUAUGUGAACACAGCCUGACCAAAACAGAGGGAUUUGAACAGAUCUUCAAUGUCUCAAAGAUAUAUGUACACAAUUAUAAUUUCAGGACAUAUGACAAUGACAUCAUGCUUAUUAAGCUCAGCAGACCAGCACAGCUGAAUGCUUACGUUCAACCGGUUACGCUGCCCGAUGAAAACGCCCCUCCUUUAAGUGACAGCUGCGCAGUGAGUGGCUGGGGUGUGACACAGGUUUACAGCUACACCCUCUCCACCGUGUUACGUGCUGUGAAUGUAAGAACAAUAUCUUACUGCACUUGGUAUUACUGGGGCAGGAUCACACCAAAUAUGAUUUGUGCUGGAUCGCCAUAUGGGGGAAAGGACUCUUGCCAGGGCGACUCCGGGGGUCCCCUUGUCUGCAAUGGCUACUUCGAGGGCAUUGUCUCCUGGGGUAUCGGCUGUGCAAAUCCACUCUACCCUGGCGUCUACACCAAAGUCAGGAACUACAUCCAGUGGAUUAACUGGCUUAUUGAUAACACGCCAUGA